GUCACGCGGCCGUUACGCCGCCCGGGCGUCCAGGCGCGCGCGAUUUAAAUGCGUCUGGGCGCCCUCGACGGCAAGAUGGGUCCUCCUUACCCAGAGAUCCGUGGACACCCCCUCAGUGUCUCCUCACCGUCCGAGCGGGCGUUCUCCAUGUCGCUCCCCAAGAAGGCCUCUCUCAACACUCCUGGCACCCCAGUGCUCCAAGACUUCCCUCAGAAUGACGACGAGAAGGAGCGCCUGCAGCGGAGACGCUCCAGGGUCUUCGACCUGCAGUUCAGCACAGACUCGCCGCGCUUGCUAGCCUCGCCCUCCAGCAGGAGUAUCGAUGUGUCAGCUACGAUCCCUAAGUUUACCAACACGCAGAUUUCAGAGCAUUACUCCACCUGUAUCAAGCUGUCCACUGAAAAUAAAAUCACUACCAAGAAUGCUUUCGGCUUGCACCUGAUUGAUUUUAUGUCAGAGAUCCUGAAGCAGAAAGACACCGAGCCAACCAACUUUAAAGUGGCUGCUGGCACCUUGGAUGCCAGCACCAAGAUCUAUGCUGUGCGUGUGGAUGCUGUCCAUGCAGAUGUGUACAGAGUCCUGGGAGGGCUGGGCAAAGACGCGCCGUCUGCUGAGGAAGGAGAGAACCACGCCCCAGAUAGUGGUGCAACCGAAACAGGAACAGCCAAAAAGGCUCCAAAGCCGAAGAAAAAGCAUUCGUACAAAACCAUCGAGCAGAACAUAAGCAACCUCAACGUCUCUGAAGCAGAUCGAAAGUGCGAGAUCGAUCCCAUGUUCCAGAAGACGGCGGCCUCGUUUGACGAGUGUAGCACAGCAGGGGUGUUUCUGUCUACCCUCUGCUGCCAUGACUACAGGAGUGAGCUGCUCUUCCCCUCCGAAGCCCACACCCUGUCCACAGGAGAGCCACUCCACUUCCCAGAUUUAGGUUGGGUAGAAAUGACAGAUUUAAAAGCUCCCUUGCAGCAGUGUGUGGAAGAUCGCCAGAUCUGCCCUUCCCUGGCCGGCUUCCAGUUCACUAAGUGGGACAGUGAAACCCAUAAUGAGUCCGUGUCGGCCCUGGUGGACAAGUUUAAGAAGAACGAUCAGGUGUUCGACAUCAACGCCGAGGUGGAGGAGAGUGACUGCGAGGACUUCCCUGAUGGGCCCCCGGAGGACGACUUUGAUGCCAAUGAUGAACCCGACCACAGCGCCGCUGGCGAUCAGACAGAGCUCAGGAGCUGGAAGGAGCCCUGCCAAGUCCAGAGCUGCCAGGAAGAAGUGAUUUCCCUUGGAGAUGGAGACAUUAGGACCAUGUGCCCCCUGCUGUCAAUGAAACCUGGAGAAUAUUCCUAUUUCAGUCCACGGACCAUGAAGAUGUGGGCUGGCCCAGAUCACUGGCGCUUUAGGCCUCGACCCAAACAAGAUUCCGCCUCUCAGUCAGAGAGCAGAAAGAAGAGUACGAAGAAGGAUUUUGAGAUUGACUUUGACGAUGAUAUUGACUUUGAUGUGUAUUUUCGAAAAACAAAGGCUGCUACUGUUCUGACCAAGUCCACUUUGGAGAACCAGAACUGCAAGGCUACCACUCUUCCUACAGAUUUCCACUAUGAGGUUGACACUCUGGUGCAGCUUCAUCUCAAACCAGGCACCAGGUUGCUUAAGGUGGCCAAGGGCCAGGAGGCAAAGGCUGAGCAUUAUGAAGAACUUGGAGACUAUGAUUACAACAACCCAAACGACACCUCCAACUUCUGCCCUGGGCUGCAGGCUGCCGACAGUGACUAUGAAGAGUCGGACGACUUUGUGGGACCGGGCGGAGACUUUGACCUGACAGCUCAUCCUCAGACGACACAAGAGAAUGGCCACACUCCUGAAGGCCCACGAUUAGACAUCACUACGUACGGGGACUCCAAUCUGCUGGCUGAGCCUCAGAAGGUAAAUAAAAUUGAAAUUCAGUAUGCCAAGACUGCCAAGAAGAUGGACAUGAAGAAGCUGAAGCAGAGCAUGUGGAGUUUGCUGACAGAGAUUUCCAGAACGGAAGCAGACACAAAGGCCAACCACAACGAACCUGGGAAAGAAGGGGCCCCGGCCGAGGUGGCCGGCGAGAAGAUGCUCAGUGGGCUCACCCAGAACCUGCAGAGGAGCCUGCCCCCACUCAUGGCUCAGAACCUCUCCAUUCCCCUGGCCUUUGCUUGCCUCCUGCAUUUAGCCAAUGAAAAGAAUCUCAAGCUGGAAGGAACAGAAGAUCUUUCUGACGUUCUUGUGCGGCAAGGAGAGUGAGUCCGCUGCGGAGGAGCUGGCAGCAAGAGGCCCAUCGCUUUUCCUGUGGCCAGGGCGUCUUCAUGGGAGGGCGACGAUGCCAGGGCUGGCAGACAGGCCCCAGCCACCAGCAGCGUGCACACAGGCUGGGCCCCAGCACCUGUAGUUCUGUCCGUGAUGGAUGGAAGUGCUCUGCCCUGGGGUAACCACCCAAGGGGAGGGAAGACUGUACCCGUCUGUGUCUGUGCAUAGUUUUGUUUCCUGUAUUGAUUUGUCUUAUUUCCCACAUUUGAGUUAAAAAAAUUUUCCAGUAGGUCCUUGAUGUUAGCCCUAAAUAGCUACUUAAUCCAUGUACAGAAAAUUCAUCAUAUGUACACUUACAGAUGUAUAUAAAAUGCUUAAAAAUACAAUCCUUCUGAGGAAUAUGUCUGACAAAAUAUUUUUUAUUUAUUU